AUGGCGCUGGGCUGGGUGCCUCCGCCCCGGGUGCUGGCGCCUCGGUCCGCGCUCGGCCCGGCGCCUCAGUCGGUCCGCGCUCGGCCCGGCGCCUCAGGGCGCGGUACCUCAGCCCGGCGCCUCAGGGCGCGGUACCUCAGCCCGCGCUCGGCCCGGUGCUUCGGGGCGCAGUACCUCAACCCGCGCUCGGCCCGGCGCCUCAGGGUGCGAUACCUCAGGGCUCGGUACCUCAGCCUGGGCUCGACCCGGCGCCUCAGGGCGCGGUACCUCAGCCAACACUCGGUCCAGCGCCUCAGCCCGUUCCCGCUCUAUUGUCUCGCGUUGGGCCUAACAAUCCUAGGAGAAACUCAUGAAGAGGAGGAUGAGAUCCUUCCACGGAAAGACUAUGAGAGCUUGGAUUAUGAUCGCUGUAUCAAUGACCCAUACUUGGAAGUUUUGGAGAGCAUGGACAACAAGAAAGCCCAGAGAUACGAAGCAGUGAAGUGGGUGAUGGUUUUUGCUAUUGGAGUCUGCACAGGACUGGUGGGCCUCUUUGUGGAUUUCUUUGUACGGCUCUUUACCCAGCUGAAGUUCCGGGUGGUACAAAGCUCGGUGGAAGAAUGCACUGAGAAAGGCUGCCUUGCCUUGUCCUUGCUGGAGCUGCUGGGGUUCAACUUGACCUUUGUUUUUCUUGCCAGUCUACUGGUCCUGAUCCAACCUAUAGCAGCUGGAUCAGGAAUUCCUGAAAUUAAGUGCUACCUCAACGGGGUAAAGGUUCCAGGGGUUGUGCGUCUCCGGACGGUGGUGUGCAAAGCUAUGGGAGUGCUCUUCAGUGUGGCAGGAGGUCUUUUUGUCGGGAAGGAGGGUCCAAUGAUUCACAGUGGUGCUGUUGUGGGUGCGGGUUUGCCACAGUUCCAGAGCAUCUCUUUGAGGAAGAUCCAGUUUAACUUUCCCUAUUUCCGCAGUGACAGGGAUAAAAGGGAUUUUGUAUCUGCUGGAGCUGCUGCAGGGGUUGCGGCUGCCUUUGGAGCCCCAAUUGGGGGCACUCUUUUCAGCUUGGAAGAAGGUUCUUCCUUCUGGAACCAGGGACUUACAUGGAAAGUGCUUUUCUGUUCCAUGGCUGCCACCUUCACCCUGAAUUUUUUCCGCUCUGGGAUUCAGUUUGGAAGUUGGGGGUCUUUCCAGCUCCCUGGGCUGCUGAACUUCGGCGAGUUUAAGUGCUCUGAGUCCGAUAAGAAAUGCCACCUCUGGACAGCUGUGGACUUGGGCUUCUUCAUUCUGAUGGGAAUUGUAGGAGGCCUUCUUGGAGCCACCUUCAACUGCCUGAACAAGAGACUUGCAAAGUAUCGCAUGCGGAACGUGCAUCCCAAGCCAAAGCUGGUCAGGGUCUUGGAGAGCCUGCUGGUGUCGUUGACUACCACGGUCGUGGUCUUCGUAGCCUCCAUGGUUCUGGGGGAGUGCCGGCAGAUUUCUUCCACCAGUCAUAGUGGCAAUGACACUCUGAGCCUGCAGGGUAUGUCAGAGGAUGUGAAUUCAAGCAUCAAAACUUUUUUCUGCCCGAAUGAAACCUACAAUGACAUGGCCACACUCUUCUUCAACCCUCAGGAGUCAGCUAUCUUGCAGCUCUUCCACCAGGACGGUACUUUCAGCCCAGUCACACUGUCCUUGUUCUUCCUUCUCUAUUUCUUACUCUCCUGCUGGACAUACGGGAUCUCUGUGCCCAGUGGUCUUUUUGUGCCAUCACUGCUUUGUGGGGCUGCCUUCGGACGCCUGGUCGCCAACCUCCUCAAAAGCUACAUUGGCCUGGAUCACAUCUACUCAGGAACCUUUGCACUGAUUGGGGCAGCAGCAUUCUUGGGAGGAGUGGUCCGCAUGACAAUUAGUCUGACUGUCAUCUUAAUUGAAUCCACCAACGAGAUCACCUAUGGGCUCCCAAUAAUGAUCACCCUCAUGGUAGCCAAAUGGACAGGAGACUUUUUCAAUAAAGGCAUCUAUGACAUCCAUGUGAACUUGCGAGGAGUGCCUCUUCUGGAGUGGGAAACAGAGGUGGAAAUGGAUAAACUACGAGCCAGUGACAUCAUGGAACCCAACUUGACAUAUGUCUACCCGCACACCAGGAUCCAGUCCCUUGUUAGCAUCCUGCGCACAACUGUCCAUCAUGCCUUCCCUGUAGUGACUGAGAACCGGGGCAAUGAGAGGGAGUUCAUGAAGGGAAAUCAGCUGAUAAGUAACAACAUCAAAUUCAAGAAAUCUAGCAUCCUCACGCGAGCUGGAGAGCAGCGCAAGCGUAGUCAGUCCAUGAAAUCCUACCCUUCAAGUGAAUUGCGUAACAUGUGUGAUGAGCACAUAGCAGCGGAGGAGCCACCAGAAAAGGAGGAUCUGCUGCAACAGAUGCUAGAGAGAAGAUAUACUCCCUACCCCAACCUAUACCCUGACCAGUCUCCCAGUGAAGAGUGGACUAUGGAGGAACGCUUCAGACCCUUGACCUUCCAUGGCUUGAUCUUGCGCUCACAGCUCGUCACCCUCCUUGUCAGGGGUGUUUGUUACUCUGAGAGCCAGUCGAGUGCAAGUCAGCCUCGUCUGUCCCACGCAGAGAUGUCAGAGGAUUACCCUCGCUAUCCAGAUAUCCAUGACCUGGACCUCACGUUGCUGAACCCUCGCAUGAUAGUGGAUGUCACCCCAUACAUGAACCCAUCACCGUUUGCUGUCUCUCCAAACACUCAUGUGUCGCAAGUCUUCAACCUAUUUAGGACAAUGGGACUCAGACAUUUACCGGUUGUGAACGCAGUUGGAGAGAUUGUUGGGAUAAUCACUCGGCACAACCUGACCCACGAAUUUCUGCAGGCAAGACUGAGACAACACUAUCAGACCAUUUGA